UGUAGCUGAGAGGUUCAUAAGCCACUGCACAGGGACAGAUGUGUGAGUGUUGAAUCAGAUUAACCAACUCGUAUUCAGGAGGUUAAAAAAAAAAAAAAAGAAAAAAACACAACAAAAUGGCGGAAAACGGAGUGGAAAGCACUGGAGAUGUCACUCUGGACAACGCUGUUAAACGGUGGUUAGAGUUUGACAAGAACAGCAAGACGGCGGCGUGCGUGCGAGAGCUGGUGAAAGCGGGAAACGUAGACGAGCUGCGCAGAUGUUUUGGCGCCCGGAUGGAGUUCGGGACGGCGGGGCUGAGAGCGGCCAUGGGGCCCGGCGUGUCGCGUAUGAACGACCUCACCAUCAUACAGACCACGCAGGGAUUCUGUCGCUAUCUGGAGCAGAGUUUUGAUGAUCUGAAGCAGCGCGGCGUGGUAAUCGGAUUCGACGCGCGCCAGCACACCCCCAGCGGCGCCAGCAGCAAGCGCUUCGCGUCCUUGGCCGCGGCCGUGUUCAUCAGCCGAGGCGUUCCCGUUCACCUCUUCACCGUCUUCACUCCUACGCCAUACGUGCCAUUCACUGUAUCUCAUCUGGGUCUCUGUGCUGGUAUCAUGGUGACGGCCUCCCACAACCCCAAACAGGACAACGGUUACAAGGUGUACUGGGAGAACGGCGCUCAGAUCAUCUCCCCCCAUGAUAAAGGUAUCGCCUCAGCUAUAGAGGAGAACCUGGAGCCGUGGGCCGAGUCGUGGGACACGGACGCUGCCUCACAGAGCGCGCUGCUCAAAGACCCGUAUCAGGAGAUACACCGAGAAUACCUGCAGUGUAUUCAGCAACACUGCUUCCACAGAGAGCUGAACAGGAGUUCGGAGGUGAAGAUCGUACACACCUCGGUGCACGGCGUGGGUCACGUGUUCGUCCAGGCCGCUUUUAAAGCUUUCGGCCUUCGACCGCCGUUUGCCGUCGAGGAGCAGAAAGAUCCCGAUCCGGAGUUCCCGACGGUGGAGUACCCCAACCCUGAGGAAGGAGCGGGAGUGCUGAACCUGUCUUUCGCACUAGCAGACCGAGAGGGAGCGACCGUGGUUCUGGCCAACGACCCAGACGCGGACCGACUGGCCAUGGCUGAGAAACAGCUGAGCGGUGAGUGGAGGGUGUUCUCGGGGAACGAGCUCGGCGCGCUGCUCGGCUGGUGGACGUUUCAGUGCUGGAAGGAGAAGCAGGAGCAGGAUCAGGGGGAAGAGCUCAAGUCCUCGGUGAAGGACGUGUACAUGCUGGCCAGCACCGUCUCCUCCAAGAUCCUGCGUGCCAUCGCUCUUAAAGAGGGCUUUCACUUCGAGGAGACUCUGACUGGCUUUAAGUGGAUGGGGAAUAGAGCGAGGCAGCUGCUGGAUCAGGGAAAGACCGUCCUGUUCGCCUUCGAGGAGGCCAUCGGAUACAUGUGCGGCCCGACGGUGUUGGAUAAGGAUGGGGUGAGCGCAGCAGCCAUCGCCGGAGAGAUGAUCUCAUACCUGACCUCCAAAAACACCUCCAUCUCACAGCAGCUUACAGCCAUCUACCACAAGUACGGCUACCACCUCACCAAGAACUCGUAUUUCAUCUGCCACAACCAGGACACCAUCAGGCAGCUGUUUGAGCGUCUGAGGAACUACGAUGGCGAGAACACGUAUCCUAAAGAGUGCCAGGGCUUCGCCGUCACCGCCGUCCGUGACCUCACGACAGGCUACGACAGCAACCAGCCCGACCUCAAAGCCAUCCUUCCUACCAGUAAGAGCAGUCAGAUGAUCACCUUCAGCUUUGCUAACGGAGGCGUGGCCACCAUGCGGACGAGCGGCACCGAGCCCAAGAUUAAGUACUACACCGAGCUGUGUGCUGCUCCGGGGAACAGUGAUGUGACCCAGCUGAAGGGCGAGCUGAACAACCUGGUGGACGCCAUCGUGGAGAAUUUCUUCCAGCCCAAGAAGAACCACCUGACCGCCCGAUCCGAGUCCGAUUAAAACGAGAAAGCGCUGAUCCGAAAGAUCUCCCGCUGCCUCAAACAAUCCUGACGCCUCGCUCUAGCACACACACACACACACACACACACACACACAUCAGAUGGUUUUUCAUCAAACCAUUCCUUUAAUCUUUCUGUCUUAACCAAUGUAAUUAGAUGUGUAUUUAAAAAGCGCUGUUGAAUUCUCGAAUCUGAUUGGUCGGAAGGUAUUAACGCUUAAUUGUUAUCGUUUCUAUAGUUUAAUAGAAUACUAUGCAGAUUUUUAAUAUGCUUUUAAUUAACAAAGAAAAUGCUCUAACACUCAUUGGCGAGUUGCUGUGGGGUAAGAGGAAUAAAACACUUCAGGACGUGCUGCAGGGUGGAGACGGAAACAGCACCCCGUCCCUGAUUCAUUUCCUGCAGCAGCACAACCCCGGGUGUAUUUUGUACCAGUUUGUUUUUUUUUGGACGCGUGGAUUUCAAACUUCCUGUUCAAACAUCUUUUAAAGUGCGAUUCCGAAUCUGAUGCUGCGUUAUAACCCUUCACAGACAUUCUACACUUUCGUUAUUUAAUAUUAUAUCCGCUUGAUUAGAUUAGACUUCCACUGCUUUAUUGACUGCUCUGUAUACAUGACUUCUUUUAUUUUAUUUAUUUAUUUUUUUAAAAACGAGACCUCCUGGUAUGAUCCGUAACAUUCCUUUUUUUUUUUUUUUUAACGAACAGUUGACCAUUUGUCGUCGUUCGCAACGGUUCGACUCGACUCGGCUCGCUUUCGUUUCCGAGCUUGCGUUUCCACGGCAGUAUAGUGCCGCCUUCCACUCGCCUCCACGCAGGAAUAACGUAAAAAUCUAACACGGAAACCUUUGUUGCAAUUUUAUCUCUAAUGAGAUAAAUGAUGCCUAAUUUAUGUAUGUAGUAAACGACACGUUUAGUCAAGCACGUCACAGAACCACUCGUCAAAGGAGAAUCUCUACUCUCGGCGCGUGGCUCACGUUUAAUAUCGGCUCGGCUCGCUUGGAACCUUGACCGAGGUGGUACUAAAAAAAAACAGUACCAGGUUCCAGGUACUGUCCACAGUGGAAAGCUCCUAAAAUGCGAGUCGAGUCGAGUCAUUUCACAGCUCUGAAUCAGUUCAUCCCUUGGGUGAACUGGAAUGAGUGCUGCCACCUGCUGGUUCAUUUUGAAAUGAAAUAUACAAUGGUUAUUAGAGUUUAAAAAGGGGCUGUGAAAUAUUUGAGUACUUGUACUUCGCUGCUGUACUCGAGUACUGUUUUAAACGAUUUCUCCUUUAUUGCAGUGUGAAUUAGAAUCAAUAAACGCUCCACACGUUCAUUUGAGAUCGGUUUUAUAUCUAAUAUUUACUACAAAUCAUUGAGUACUUGAUGAAUCGAGUACGUUUGCUUUAACUGAACUCCAGUGCCAGUUUCAGCCCUGAUUCUGAAGCACUGAUUAUAUUAUAAAUAUAUUUACAAGUCACAGCUUAAAGGUUGGUUUGGUUUGGUCCUUUAACCCAAUGCGACUCUAUCCAGGUGUGAGAAGUGCGUAGGUGAAUGAAUCUUUUCGGGUUUCUUCCUCAUUACAAAGUCUAAAACUCGUCUGUGUUUCUCAGCGUUAGAUUUGAAACCUCAAACUAUUUUUUUUUUUGCUACAAAUUUUAUGUCCAAACUCCACCAGAAACACUUGAGGGAUUACCGAAAGUCACUCUCGCAAACUCACGCGUGCCGCUUUCCCACGCGGGUUUCGAGCUGAAUGUUCUUCACGUCACUUCAUUAUCAGUAAAGAAUCAAAUAAAACUAAUUUAUUACA